UUCAACAAACAGAACGGUGCUCGUGAGGGCAAGAAGAAAGUGUUAAUUGUCGUUACUGAUGGUAUGACGUAUCCUGGGAAUAAGAAAUGGGAAACAAUAAAUAUGGCUAAAGCCAACAUAAGAGCUAACAUUCAUUCAUAUGUAGUUGCAUUACCCGCUAUGAAUGGAACAUUGAUUGGACACGACGAAUGGAACGCAAUCGCAACUGGCAAUGAUCCAGAUCCAAUGGGCGUCAUGGAUCCAAAUGUCUUUGCACUUGACACCUUUGAUCAACUCAGAGAAAUCAUCAAUGACAUCGUCAACAAAGCAUGCAUGACGAUGUAACACCGGUGAUGGCACCAAUAAUAUAGAUCAAGAAGGUAUACGGAUAAGAGGACUCGUAAGGGUCGACAAUAUCUUGAAUGAAGACAUCGCCUUUUUCUGUGGUUCAACAUACCGUAUUUAAUGUAUUAUUUUUACAAUAAAUUCUCAUUAACCGAGAUUAAAGACAAA